CUUAUAUUUGUUUGUUGAUAGUGCGAGAUUUAUGUUUUUCCAACCUUAUAUAAGUUGUGAGUACCUAAGAAAAUUCAGUCAAGUCUGUGUCUUGCUUAAGUACUAACUUCUACUUAGGUACUUGUCGUUCGAGAAAUUCGUCAAUCGAAAUCAUGAAGUGGUUUCUAUUAGUGGCAAUAUUUGCCGUUGCGCAACAUCAAGGGGUAACAGGUUUUCCCCGAGAUGUCUUCGGAGUCUCCGACCACGUAGAAAGGAUUGAAAGGGAUCGUGACGAAACCUAUACACUUGAAGAUAUAAAAACGAAAUUAGAAGACUUGACCAAAUCCCGUCCAAAUUCAUUAAAGAACGCGCAAGCGACCGGAUUUGUUCCACUUGACAAACAAUUUGCUGCAUUUAAUAUUCCAAUUUUGUCUAAAGCUGUCGAUGAUAUAUCAAACGUAUUGGGACGCCUUAAAUCCAGUUACGAACAGAAGAUCUUGAAUAUCGAAAAUACCGUCAAAAGCAAAUAUGAACAUCUAAAAGAUCUUGUUACAAAAGGCAAGGCUACAAAAGAUCAAUCGGGACUUGAGAAUGUCGCAUCAAGCAAUAAAACACAAGUAAAUACACCUCAAACAGCCUCUACACUGGACGAAUCGGAAGUCAAUCAACAAUCGAAUAUAUUUGGUCGUUCCUUAAACAUCCCAUUAGUUGCUUCCAUUCGGAGUUACUUAUCUGACAAAAUAGAAAACAUAAAAUUGAGUUACCAACGGAUAAAAGAGAUGACAUAUUUGCAAAAUGUCAUCGACAAUGCAAAAUAUUAUAUUGAUGUUCUUAAGAACAAGUUAAACAAGAAUACAAAAGAUCAAUCGACACUUGAAAACAUCGCAUCAGACGAUAAAACGCAAGAAAAUGCAACUCAAACAAUCUCUAUACUGGACGAAUUAGUUAAUCAGCAACCUACUCCAGGUGAAAAUGACAACAAGAAAGAGGAGUCUGAAGUUGACAAAGAAAUCGAAG